CAAAAUUUGUUGUUUUUCGUGUGGGCGCUGCUUUACAAAAUUAAUGGGUACCAAUUAAUGCUACUAAUAUUUCAGACAAUAUGGCAGACAGUGAGGUGAUCACAGAAAUUGACGGUGCGCUGCUGGAAGGUGGUGGGCAGAUUCUGCGUAAUGCUGCAGCAUUGAGCUGUCUGCUUGGGAAGGCGAUAACCGUGAAGAAUAUCCGUGCUGGAAGAAGUAACCCCGGCCUUAGACCUCAACAUCUGACAGGUCUGAAGAUCAUCCAGGAGCUGUGUGGGGGGAAACUGAGUGGGGGGCAGGUUGGAUCCACAGAGAUCACCUUCACCCCGGGAGACAUACAGGCAGGCUCCUUUGUGGCAGAUACAAAAACAGCAGGGAGUGUCUGUCUACUGAUGCAGGCCGCAAUGCCAUGUUUGUUAUUCGGCAGUGGCACUAGUGAGCUGACAUUACUUGGAGGAACAAAUGCGGAAAUGGCACCACAAAUAGACUAUACAGACUGGGUUUUUAAGCCUUUAGCAGGGAAGUUUGGAAUGAAGUUUGAUUGUGAUAUUAUACGCAGAGGUUAUUAUCCCAAAGGUGGAGGUGAAGUGAAGAUUACAAUGUACCCAGUGAAGAGCGUAACUCCUCUCACCCGGACAGACCCCGGCAAACUUGUCAAGGUGGUCGGCAGGUCAUUUGUGGCGGGCGUACUACCAAUUAAGAUUUCAAAGGCGAUGUCGGAAAGUGCCAAGUAUGCGAUAAAGAAACAGUUUGAUAAUGUUCCAGUUGAAAUCCAAGUUGUGAAAGAGCCUGAUGCCGCAGCUGUAGGAACCGGGUCAGGAAUUAUUUUGAUGGCCGAAACCAGCACUGGUUGUCUCCUGUCUGGUUCAGCUCUUGGAAAAAGAGGUGUCCCUGCCGAGGAGGUGGGUAAGACUGCAGCCAACAUGUUGAUAACAAACAUCAUGCACGGGGCUUGUGUAGACGAUCACGCACAGGAUCAGAUAAUUUUGCUGAUGGCAUUAGCACAGGGGAAGUCACGAAUCCUAACAGGGCCCAUAACUCUUCACACCGAGACAGCCAUCCAUGUAGCAAAGCUGAUGACGACAGCCAAGUUUGGAAUUGAAAAAGUUUCAGACAGUUUGAACAUGAUAGAGUGUGAAGGUAUAGGACUUCAAAACAAGCAGAUGUGAUGGACUGAGGCUUCUUAGUGAACUGAAUACACUGACAGUGAAUUGUGAAGGUAUAGGACUUCACAACAAGCAGAUGUGAUGGACUGAGGCUUCUUAGUAAACCGAAUAAACUGACCAUGAAUUGUGGUUGAAAUAAUACACCAUGGAAAGUUUCUUAAUCAAGAUCUGUGGUUGAAAUUGUAUAGUUUAGAAACAAGGUAUCUAACACAGAUCUGUGGUUGAAAUUGUAAAGUUUAGAAACAAGGUAUCUAACACAGAUCUGUGGUUGAAAUUGUAAAGUUUAGAAACGAGGUAUCUAACACAGAUCUGUGCUUGAAAUGGUAAAGUUUAGAAACGAGGUAUCUAACACAGAUCUGUGGUUCAAAUUGUAUAGUUUAGAAACGAGGUAUCUAACACAGAUCUGUGGUUGAAAUUGUAAAGUUUAGAAACGAGGUAUCCCACACAUAUCUGUGCUUGAAAUGGUAAAGUUUAGAAACGAGGUAUCCAACACAGAUCUGUGCUUGAAAUGGUAAAGUUUAGAAACGAGGUAUCCAACACAGAUCUGUGCUUGAAAUGGUAAAGUUUAGAAACGAGGUAUCCAACACAGAUCUGUGGUUGAAAUUGUAUAGUUUAGAAACAAGGUAUCCAACACAGAUCUGUGGUUGAAAUUGUAUAGUUUAGAAACAAGGUAUCUAACACAUAUCUGUGGUUGAAAUGGUAAAGUUUAGAAACAAGGUAUCUAACACAGAUCUGUGGUUGAAAUGGUAUAGUUUAGAAACAAGGUGCUUGAAAUUGUAUAGUUUAGAAACGAGGUAUCCAACACAGAUCUGUGCUUGAAAUUUCUCACAUUACUGGUGGAAGUCUAGUUUUGCAAAACCUUUUUUUUUUCAUGCAUUAAAUUUAGGACAUGAUUUAUGUGGUUGAAACAGGUUAUGCAAAAUUAAAUGGAUUACAUGCAUUGUUUUGUUUUGGAUACACAAAUUUUCAAUUCUUAGAAAUCUGUAUUGGGAUGAUGCACAUGUUAAAUCCAAAUUGUCUACUGAAAUUAACACUACAGAUACCUGUUACCUGUGUCGUACAAAUUGACACUACAGAUACCUGUUGUUACCUGUGUUGUACAAAUUGACAAUACAGGUAUCUGUUGUUACCUGUUUCAUACAAAUUAAUACUACAGAUGCCAGUUGUUACCUGUGUCGUACAAAUUAACACUACAAAUAUCUGAUGUUACCUGUGGCGUACAAAUUAACACUACAGAUACCUGUUGUUACCUGUGGCGUACAAAUUAACACUACAGAUACCUGUUGUUACCUGUGGCAUACAAAUUAAUACUACAGAUAUCUGUUGUUACCUGUGUCAUACAAAUAACUGCAAGCACAAGUAUUGGAUAUAAUGUUACGGUUUAGUAGUAAAUAGAAUGCUAGUUUUGUUUUAGAUGUCAUUUUCUCUUUUAACUUGUUUAAAUAUGUAUCCAACAUACUUUAGUUUGUUAGAUACAUUUUAAAUUCUCUUAAGAUAUGUGGUACAUGUAUUUAACAGUACAUUUUGUGUACAGCUUUAUCAUGUAAUGUUACAUAUCAAGUUUGAUUUUCGUGGCGAUUUACCCAUUUUUGACAAAGGUUUGGCCUUUGAACCUUUAAAAAUUCCUGACCUUUUGCUCUGCAAUACCGCCAGACAUUGAGAUAAAAUGUUGUGUAGCAUUAUCACGUACUGUUACAGAUCAGGUUUGACUUCAUAUCAAUUUACACGUUUCCCUUGAACAGCAGUACUCUCAGAAUGCUGGUUUAUUGAUUUAUUGCUGGUUUUCUGCUAGUCAUGCAAAGUGCUCAGUAAUAAAACAUUACAGCAACC